AUGAUGACCACCAUCCUCCGAAGGUCACCUUCCAUAGCCACGGUGCGGUCCUUCGCCGCCAUCGAAACACUCCUGUUCAACCACCAUUCAUUUCUCGCCGCGUCGACGCCCGACCUCGUACUCCCCGCAAAUGGUGCUCUCGGCGGUGAGGCUAGAUCCUACACAGCCUCAGCGCCAAAGCCGAAGCUGGGUCCUUCCUACGGGUUUCAAGUGAGGGACUUGCACGCGAAAUCUGGGCCGUUGAAUUACCGGGCGUCGACGGCGCUGAGCGCCGAGUUCGCUGUUGAUUACUCGUACGACGAGUCGUCUAAAAAGAGCGGCCAAGAUGAUGGACUCGAGAUCGCGAAGCUAGGGAUUUCUCAGGACAUUGUAUCGGCUUUGGCCAAGAAGGGUAUCACUAAGCUGUUCCCCAUACAGAGGGCUGUGCUGGAACCCGCGAUGCAAGGGCGUGAUAUGAUUGGUCGUGCUCGAACAGGAACAGGGAAAACUCUUGCUUUUGGGAUACCCAUCUUGGAUAAAAUCCUUAAAUACAAUGCCAAACAUGGGCGUGGGAGGAACCCUUUGGCUUUGGUUUUGGCUCCAACAAGGGAACUUGCAAAGCAAGUUGAGAAGGAAUUCCAUGAGUCGGCACCUGGCUUGGAUACAAUUUGUGUUUAUGGUGGUACACCCAUUUCAAGUCAAAUGAGGCAGCUUGAUUAUGGGGUUGAUGUGGCUGUUGGCACACCUGGACGUGUAAUUGAUCUUAUUAAUAGGGGUGCUUUGAAUUUAUCGGAAGUUCAGUUUGUUGUCCUUGAUGAAGCUGAUCAGAUGCUCCAAGUGGGAUUUCAAGAGGCCGUUGAGAUUAUCUUAGAGAAGUUACCGAAGAAACGUCAGACCUUGAUGUUUUCUGCAACAAUGCCGGGUUGGAUUAAAAAGCUUACUCAUAAUUACCUGAAAAAUCCAGAAGUGAUUUGUAUCUUGUAA